AUGUCUUCUCAACUAUGUUUUUGGAGUCUGCUCUCUCAGAGAGACUUUACGUUCGUAUACAUUUCACCGUUUUUGAGUAGGGAAUUGGGACUCCAACACUCUUCAAUUUUGGGUACCUCAUUCUUUGACUAUAUCCAUCCUCUCGAAAAAGAACUAGCUCGUCGUGAUUUCUUUGGUUUUGUCAAUAAAAAGACUCUUUAUGGAUCGGUUACAAGAUGUCAAUUUAAUAGUAUAUCGGCAAUUCAAUAUAAAUUAUUACGCCAUCAGCAACAACAAUUUUAUCCGAUGAUCAAAACGGAAUUGAAUUCAACAUCAACAUCAACAUCAUCAUCCUUUUUAAGUACUGGACAAUACGCUUUUGUCCACAAUAAUCCCGAAAAUAAUCAUGAUACCACACGAAAUAUUUCAUCCACGGGAUCACCAUCAUUAACAUCACAAACUCAACAAAUUAUCAAGAAUAACACCGAAAAAGAAUACGUAAUAAUGAAUAUCGGGAUGAACGUAGUCAGCAAAGACAUCGUUUUAGCAUGCUUUCAUUCGGAUGAGGCUGUUAAUGAUAAUUUCAAUGUCAAUGCAGGAAUUCGAUCGUCAUCAUAUAUAAGCAGCACGUGCGGUGAAUCAAAUUUCACUUCGGAGGAAUUAAAUAAUAUGUUCAAGAUUCUACAACGAUAUCACGCCCAUAUGGAAUCCAUUAAUGCUCACAGCCCACCAUCAACACCAUCAAUUCACCAUCCUCUCUAUUACCCGUCAAUUGAUCGUAUAUUCCAAAUAUUUGAUGCGCAAACCAAAAAAUUGAUUUUCACGUGGCCAGAUCCAAACGCAUCAUCGAUUAAUCAGCAUAAGCAUUCGAAUUUCAACUCGUUUCUCGACUAUGAUUUUUCCCGAUUGAUACACAACUUUGAUUUUACUUCGAAUUCACUCCAUGACACCACAUCUCCUAAAUGUAUUCGGCCAUAUGACAAUAAACACGUGACGAAGUUGUCAUCGGGAGACUCGCGUAUAAUUGAGAGUGUCAUGAUUCCACAUGGAAAGAUUAUAUUUGCAUGUUUUCAAGUUAUGCCGCCAUCAUCAUCCAUUAACGGCAAUACAUCAUCAUCAAGUGAAUAUCUAAAGCCGAGACCUCAUUCGGCACCAUGUUCACCAGCCACAGUUCCUUCAAUCUGUGGCAAUGGGAAUAAAAGAGCGCGAGGAUCUUUAUCGCCUCCGAUUCGAUUGAAUAGUUAUGAGAAUUCGAAAUAUUUUAGUAUCCCAGAUUUCACUUUGGAUUCUGACAGUGAAUAUCGCAAAAGACGUGCAACUGGACAUGAAUCGCCACUUUUCAUUAAAGGUUCACAAUCGCCAGUUUUAGAACCAAAUCAUUUGUUACAUCCAAUCUCACCUCAAUUUCCUGCGAAGUUUUCACCUCAAUCAAAUCCGCUUAGACUACAAAUCCAGCCACAACAACCAUCUGAUUAUAAGAUUUCUCCUAUUUCAACUUCUCCAACGAGUCCCAUCAGAACUUACGCUAACACAGCUAGAGGGAGAAAUACUAAUCAAUUAAUGAAUGGUACCGUUAAAAUAUGCGAAAGCUGCCAAACAAGCUCUAGUCCAGAAUGGCGUCGCGGUCCUACAGGACAUAAAACAUUAUGCAAUGCUUGUGGUCUUCGAUAUUCGAGGACGAUUGCCCGGGAAAAUCGUAAACGGCAAGAGCGUGAACAACGAGAGCGCGAGGAACGAGAGCGCGACGAUCGUGAACGCGAAGAACGUGAUUCUGAUAGAGGAAACGGAGCUUUAAAUCAUCCUUUCACCCAAUUCAUUCCUGGAAAUUCACCGACCUAUCCCGUCCAUCAAUUUCAACAGCAAUCUAAUUGCAGAUGA